AUGAGCAAAAUUUUUUUAUCACUUAAUAACGACAACGUAUUUUCUGGCAUUAUUCCAAACGAAACAUAUUGGCAUAAUGACAUUAGCAAUUUACAAUCAAGUAGGUUGAACACGAUAUACUUAGAAUGGGCGAUACUACUUCUAGGAUGGUAUAUUAUCCUUUCCGCAGUCCCUAACUUGUGGAUAGACUAUGAUUUAUGGAAAGAAUUUGUCGAGCGCGACACGACCAUCUCUCGGCCCCUGAAAGAUAUUAAAAGAAGACAGCAGAAGGCUGAAGGUACAACCUCGUUGCUACAUCAACUAAAAAUUUCCCAAACGAAACUUCUUGAUUCAGACUCACAUCAAAGUACGGUAAUAGAAAAUCGGCGAAAGUCGCCCAAAAAACUUGCUACAAAUAUCGAAAGAAAUAUUUUAACUGUAGAACAAAAAGAUUUCACUACUCAGUUCAGCAAUAUUAGGGACGAAAUUGGUUAUUUUUUAGAAAAUAAAUUUACCUUAGACGAAAUAUUGUCUUAUCAAGCCAAAAUGUUGAGAUAUCGAAAAUUCUCAACUAGAUCUUAA